AUGAUCGACCGCCGUAUCAAAUUCCGCCACAUCCAGUGUUUUGUCGAGAUUGCGCACGAGCGCAGCCUCAAACUUGCCGCCGAUAAGCUGUCACUCACCCAACCGGCGAUUUCCAAGACGUUGAAGGAGCUCGAGGACAUCAUCGGUGCGACCCUGAUGACCCGCAACAGGGCAGGGAUCGCCCUGACGAAACAGGGCAAGGUCUUCCUGCACUUCGCCCAGAUUUCGCUUGCCAGCCUGCAGCAGGGCCUGGACGGCGUUGAAAAGGAAGGCGACCAUGCCCGGGCGACACUCAAGGUCGGCGCGCUUCCGAGCGUCGCGGCAAGCUUCAUUCCGCCGGUGGUGAGGGAGUUUGCCGAACUGUCACCCAGUGUCCUUGUCAAGAUCAUGGAUGGACCGCAUGGCUAUCUGAUCGAGCGCCUGAAACUGGGAGAGCUCGAUCUUGUGAUCGGUCGGCUCGGACGCCCGGAUUCCAUGGAAGGUGUUUCCUUCACGCAGCUUUACUCAGAGCGCGUCGACCUGGUCGUACGAAGGGGACAUCCGUUGCUGAAGGACCCGGAUGUCAAACGCAUCGUCGACUGGCCCGUCAUUUAUCCGCCGGAAGGGUCGGCGAUCAGGCCGCUGGUCGAGCGUUUCAUGAUUGCCAAUGGCGUCGGCGAGAUCCCCCACCGCAUUGAAAGCGUUUCAGGUGCGUUCGGACGGCUCUAUACCCGCCAGACCGACGCAGUCUGGAUCAUAUCAUCGGGCGUUGUUCAGACCGAGACCGAGGACGGCACCCUGGUCCGGCUGCCAUUUGACAGCGACAUCACCAAGGGGCCGGUCGGCCUCAUGACGCGGCCGGACACACAGCAAAGUGCCGAGGUCCAGAUCUUCCUGCUUGCCGUUCAAACAGUCAUCAGCGACCUGGAUCUGACGUCGUGA